AUGAAUACAAAGACAGCCAUCGCAUCCGAAGAUGAGUUGCGCCACGGUGGUUCCUCUGCCGAGAGUAUGGACUCGUCCGAGUAUGACCGCUUUUGUCUUUUGCGCGAGUCUUUCACCGAGGAAAAGCAGGCCGCGCUUAUCCGAAAGAUCGAUUUCCGCAUCCUGCCUCCCCUGGUGCUUGUAUACCUUCUCGCCUACAUCGACCGCUCCAAUGCUGGCAACGCCAAACUGUUUGGUGCCCUAGAAGACCUCGGUCUGAGUGGACAGCAGUGGAAUGUGUCUCUAGCCGUCUUCUUCAUCACAUACGCGGCUGGUGGCGUCCCCUCCAACAUCACGCUCAAGCGCGUCGGCCCGCGAUUCUGGCUUCCCUCACUGCUCAUCGGAUGCGGAUCGACCAUUAUCUGCUCUGGCGUGCAAAGCACGUAUGCUGGGUGGAUUUCCUUCAGAUUGAUCCUGGGCAUUAUCGAAGCCGGUUACCGGGGCUGGCGCUUGAUCUACGUCCUGGAGGGACUCUUCAGUGUCGUUGUCGGCGUUGCCUGCUUUUGGCUGAUCAAUCCUGUGCCGGCCAAGGUUACAGGCUGGUUGACUGACAAGGAACGCGAGUAUCUCGUGCUCCGAAACCGAUUCGCCGUUGGUGGGGAGAGCGGCAUCAAGGAGCGAGAGGAUUUCAACAUGGCCGACGUCAAGAAGGCGUUCCGCUCCAUCCACACGUACUCUGUGGCCUUGACCGAGUUUACUGUGGCUGUUGUUGUCUACAGAAUAAGCUUCGUCCUGCCCAGCAUCGUCCAGAGCUUGGGAUACUCGAGCGUCAAGGCCCAGGCAAUGACUGCUCCGCCAUACAUUUUUGCCUGCGUCGUCACCAUCAUCUCUGACCUCGCGGCUGAUCGCUACCGCCAGCGGGCACUGUCAAUCAUACUGCCAAACACAAUGGCUGUCGUUGGAUUCGUCAUCAUCACCAUCACAAUCCGCUACCAUCAGAUCCCCGGAGUGACAUACUUUGGCCUCUUUCUCAUGGCCGGUGGUCUGUAUCCCAUCUCACCGGCCGUCAUGGCCUGGGUGGCUCUGAACAUGGCCGGUUCCAUGAAGCGUGCAGCCGGGCUUGGACUGAUGAUGUCCUUGGCCCAGCUUGGAGGUAUUGUGGGAUCCAACAUCUUCAUGCCCGAUGAAGCACCCGUCUACUCUACUGGAUUCGGAAUCUGCAUUGCCAUGUUGACAGCGUUUGGCGUCAUCUGGCCCGGCAUCUACUAUCUAAUCCUGAAGAGGAUCAAUUCGCGACGGGCUGCCAUUCCGGUCGAGGAGGUCAUGACCAAGUAUACGCCGGAGCAGUUGACUGAUAUGGGAGAUGAGAGUCCUCUCUUCCGCUACGCUCUUUAG